UUUCGUUGUUUUGAAAGCUUUUUUUCGGUUACUUACAGAGUUCAAAAGACAUUUAAAUUUUCAGUCAUGGCGGAGCUCACGCCUAUGUUUUCAAGUGCUCGGAUGGCAGAAAUGAAACAAGCCUUCGAUAAGCACGCUGAGGGAAAAUCCUUGAAAGGCGAAGACUUUGGCAAAGUGAUGAAAGAGUGUGGCGAAGAAGUCCCAGCUUAUAAACUGCGAGAUAUCGUCGAAGAAGUGCAGAAAGAAAAGGGAGGGAUGCUAAGCUUUGACGAUUUUACCCAACUAUUUACAAAGCUGUCUACAAAAGCGGUUGGUGGUACAUACAAAAAAGCAAUUGACAGCCGCAAAGGAGUCCAAGCCGUUGGAGGGACUUCAACAUCAUCCGCCGAAGGGACGAGACAUUCGUUUUCUGACGACGAGCAGAUCGGCUUUAGCGACUGGAUUAACUCGGUUCUGGAGGAGGAUCCUGAUUUGAAAGACAAGUACCUCCCAAUUAAGGAGGACGAUAAAGAUAGUCUUUUCAAAGCCGUAAAAGACGGGAUUCUGAUGUGCAAGCUCAUAAACUGGGCUUGUCCUGGGACCGUUGACGAGAGAGCUAUCAACAAGACCAAGUUAAACGUGUACAAUAUUCACGAAAACCAAACUCUGGUGUUGAACUCCGCCAUGGCUAUCGGCUGUAAUAUUGUCAAUAUUGGUGCACAGGAUCUAAUUGAAGGAAAACCUCAUCUGGUGCUGGGCUUACUGUGGCAAGUUAUCAGGAUUGGUCUGUUCGCUCAACUGACCAUUCAGAAUUGUCCCGGGCUUGUUCGCCUGGUUCAAGACGACGAGACCAUCGAGGAACUGCUCCGUCUUUCCCCAGAAGCCAUCUUGCUCCGUUGGUUCAACUACCAUCUCCAAGAGGCCGGGCACCAUCGGCGCGUCGCUAACUUCUCAUCUGAUAUCUCUGAUGCGGAGAACUACAGUGUUCUACUUCACCAGAUCGCCCCUAAGCAACUUGGGGUCGACCAACCACAUGUGAGCGUGUCAGACCCGACGAAACUUGCCGAGCUUGUACUCGAAAAUGCCGCCAAGAUGAAAUGCCGCAAGUUUGUGCGAGUCAGGAAUAUUGUUAAUGGAAACGCGAAGUUGAAUCUGGCAUUCGUCUGCAACUUGUUUAAUAACUAUCCUGCGCUGGAGCCAGUUGAAGAAGAGCUGCCGAACCUUGAAGAAACACGAGAAGAGAAGACAUUCCGUAACUGGAUGAACAGCAUGGGAGUGAAUCCGUUUGUGCAAAAUCUUUUCCUAGAUUUAGAUGACGGUUGCGUUCUCCUUCAGCUGUUUGAGUUGGUGAAGAGCGGCGUGGUGGACUGGAGCAAGGUCAACAGGCCACCUUACAAAAAGAUCAGCGAGAAGAUGAAGAAACUCGAGAACUGUAAUUACGUGGUCGAGGUCGCCAAGAAACUUGAAUUUUCCGUGGUAGGAAUCGGAGGCAAAGACAUCUUCGACGUUAACAAGAAGCUGAUACUGGGUAUCCUUUACCAGACCAUGCGCGCUUACACACUGGUGGUCCUGCAAAAAUGCACCGGAAGCGAUAAGAUAAUCAAGGAUGAAGAGAUCAUCGCAUGGGUCAAUGAAAAACUGACAGACGGCGCGAAAGACAGCAGAAUAACUUGUUUAAAAGAUGUCAGCAUCUCAAACGGUAAGUCAGUGAUCGAUCUAAUCGACAGCAUCAAGCCAGGUGUUAUACGUUAUAACAUGUUGGCCGAAGGGAAGACACUGUCAAACGACGACAAGUUGUCGAACGCCAAGUACGCCAUCUCCAUGGGGCGAAAAAUUGGCGCCAAACUGUACGCACUGCCAGAGGACCUGGUGGAAGUGAAGGCUAAGAUGGUGCUGACCGUGUUCGCUUGUAUGAUGGCUGUUGAUCACGCGAUUACCACUGCAAAGUGAAGUGCUGGCUAGAUUUAAAACGUUUGGGAAAUGUGAACUUUAAGAAUAAACAUUUGUCCAUUUAAAACAAACUGCACGAGAGCACUCAAGUACUUCUGAAAACUCAUUUAGGCCACUUUAAGAGAGAAAUAUUGUUUCUGACUAUAAUUUGCGAAACGGUAGUUGUGGUUGCAUUGUUUGCGCUCCCUUCACCAAGUUUCACUAAAGACAUUGAUCAUUAAGUCUUUCAAGAUUAAUAGGUGAAGUACGUCUGGAUCGUUGUUAGUUGACACGGUUAUUGCCUAUCUAUAUUUCAAUAAAACUGUUCUGACCUGGCUAA